UAAAAAACGGAUAUAAAAGUGAUAUCCAUCUCGAGACUUUUGCCAAACAACCUUCUCUUAUUCUGUCAUUGGCACUCUCAUAUCAAUGUCGUCUUCUCCCUCUCAAACAGGAGAAGAGAGCAAGGCUGUAACCUUUGACAUAUCUCUCUUCCCCAGUCCGUCUAGAGGCAUAAAGCGAUCUAUUGAGGACGCCAACCUAUACCUCGACGACCCGGUUGUAGAAAAAAGGAGACGCCGGGAACGAAUGACUCCCAAUAGACUCACAUCAGAUAAUAUCACAUACAGCGUCGGCACGUUUACCCCAGCCUCCUUAUGGGCCCCAAGAACAUGCACAGUCUCGGAUUCACAUUCGAUUUAUGACGUAUUUGAGGAAGAGGUAGAAAAAUUGGGUACAUUAGUCGAGGUGAUGGAACACAGCUCUUCAUCCCCAUCGACUUCGACGACAAGCUUUGGUCUCUAUAUUGACGUUAGUCGCGCAAUAUGCCGAUUAAUAGAAGGAAACAUCACACGAAGUGAAUUGAUCGAGGGGCUUCAGCGUGUGGCAAGUCAGUUGAAGCAGUGGGGCUAAACGCCGUUACAGUAGCUUCCAUCUGUGUUCUCUACAAUAUUUCUUUUAAGGACUAUCAACAGCAGUUGAAGAUGCGAAAG